CAAAACGGCGUCGAUGACUCUCCGAAACAAAUUUAGCUAGCGUGUACGGUCAGAUGGCAGGGAAAGCAAAAGAUCACUAAGCACUAAGCAGACUACAACACAAAGCCCUAUCCCCAAAUUCUCAGUCAUUGACAUGGAAGCCGACGACGAGAUUUAUGCGAACGGCGGCGACGGUCCUAGCCGUAAUAGGCCGAUUAUUAGUGGCGAGCAGCUCGACAUCGAAGCAUAUGCGGGUUUGUACACCGGGAGGACCAAAAUCACGCGCCUUCUGUUCAUAUCCGACCACUGCGACAAUCCUCCGAUGCAGUUGGAGGCGUUACGAAUGGCAUAUGACGAGAUCAAGAAGGGAGAGAACACGCAGCUGUUUCGUGAAGUUGUGCAGAAAAUUGAUGGGAGACUUGGGCCUAAUUACGCCAUGGAUAGCGCAUGGUGCGAGACGGUCGAUCGUAGAGCCGAGCAGAGGAAGGAGAGGCUCGAGAACGAACUUAAUGCCUACAGGACAAAUUUGAUCAAGGAAAGCAUAAGAAUGGGAUACAACGAUUUUGGAGAUUUCUAUUAUGCUCAUGGUGCUCUUGGGGAUGCUUUUAAAAGUUAUGUUCGUACCCGUGAUUAUUGUACUACAUCAAAGCACAUUAUUCAUAUGUGCAUGAGUGCAAUUCUUGUUAGCAUCGAGAUGGGCCAAUUUACUCAUGUCACAAGCUAUGUCAGCAAAGCAGAGCAAACACCUGAGGCUCUUGACCCUAUUACAAUAGCAAAACUACGUUGUGCUGCUGGAUUAGCUCAUUUGGAGGCCAAGAAGUACAAGCUUGCUGCUCGGAAGUUCCUGGAAGUGGCUCCUGAAUUGGGAAAUUCUUACACUGAAGUUAUUGCACCUCAAGAUGUUGCAACAUAUGGAGGACUUUGUGCACUUGCAAGUUUUGAGCGGACAGAGCUGAAGAACAAAGUUAUAGACAAUCUCAACUUCCGCAAUUUCUUGGAGUUGGUACCUGAAGUGAGAGAGCUUAUUCAUGAUUUCUACUCAAGCCAUUAUGCUUCGUGUCUGGAUUACCUGGGAAAUCUCAAAGCAAACCUAUUGCUUGACAUUCAUUUGCAUGAUCAUGUUGAGACAUUAUACGAUCAAAUCCGUAACAAAGCACUCAUUCAAUAUACACACCCAUUUGUUUCUGUUGAUUUGAACAUGAUGGCCAAUGCUUUCAAAACAAGUGUUGCAGGGCUAGAGAAAGAACUUGAAGCCUUGAUUACUGACAAUCAAAUACAGGCACGGAUUGAUUCGCACAACAAAAUUCUUUAUGCGCGACAUGCAGAUCAAAGGAAUGCCACUUUUCAACGAGUUCUACAAACUGGAAGUGAAUUUGAUCGAGAUGUACGAGCAAUGCUGCUGAGGGCAAAUCUCAUCAAGCAUGAAUAUAAUCUUAGGGCUUCUAGGAAACUUUGAAUUUUUAAUUCAGCUGGGAGCUGUGGACAAUGAAGCAUGGCCCAGUUUGUUCAAUUAGGUUUCUUGAGCUGUCCAAGACGAGAAUUCAUCUUUUUGAAGCUUGAACUUUUAAUUCAAUUGGGAUGAUGAAGCACGGCCAACAUUUCUUGUUAAGGUUUCCUAAGUUGUCCAUGUAUUGCAUUUUGAAGAUUGCAGGAUGGGAAUACAGCAAAUGCCGAUGUUUUAGUUUUGUAUAUACUUGGAUUUAUUUAACAAGUUGGUUAUUAAUAUUUUUUUUUUCA